AUGGUUAAAAAACGGAAUGAGGGUAAAAACCCUAAGCUGAAGAUGAAGCCAAAUUAUGGGCCUGUCAAAAACAGACACACCUUCAGAGGAUCAAAUCACAGUAUGAAUCCAGAUCGGCCAAAAGAUGCGAAAAGUUCACAUCUUCGCUCUAAAGCUACAAUUAAUCGCUUGCGGAUGUAUAAAAGCUUCAAGCCAAUACGAGACAAAGAUGGAACGAUUCUGAAGGCAGCUCCUUUCCAAAGUUGGUUGAAAUCGGGAACUGUUGCACGAGUUGAACCAAACAGAAAAUGGUUUGGGAACACAAGAAUCGUUGGUCAGGACCAGUUGCAGAAAUUCCAGGAGAAUUUGGGAAAGGUUAUGCGCGAUCCUUUCCAGGUGGUGAUGAAACAAACGAAACUUCCCAUCAGUUUGCUGCAAGAAAAAGCUAAGCAACAGCGGGUACAUGUAACCGAUACAGAGUCUUUCGAAUAUACAUUCGGGAAGAAAGCUCUGCGGAAGAAAGCAAAGUUAUCAUGUGGCAACCUUGAGAUGCCAGUUAGUUACACUGCUCUUCAGGAAAUGACGAAGUCAAUAGAAGAACGCAGUGAAAAGUAUGAUGUAGCGAAGGAUCGUGACCUACAGGCGGAUGAUCGUGACUUGAUUCGUGUUGAAAAUCCUAACCCACUUUUCAAAGCCGGUCAAAGUAAUCGUGUUUGGGGAGAAUUAUACAAGGUAUUGGAUUCAUCGGAUGUUGUAGUGCAAGUGAUUGAUGCCCGCGAUCCUAUGGGUACUCGCUGUCGCCAUGUGGAAGAGUUUUUAAGAAAGGAAAAACCUCACAAGCACCUUGUUACUGUCAUCAACAAAGUUGAUCUUGUUCCCACAUGGGUUACUCGUAAGUGGAUUGGCGAACUUUCAAAGGAACUGCCUACAAUUGCAUUUCAUGCAUCAAUUCAACAUUCUUUCGGCAAAGGAGCCCUGAUUAAUUUAUUGCGUCAGUUCGCCAAAUUGCAUAAAGAUAGACAACAGGUAAUUAGUACCAGAUUUUCGAUAUUUAUCAGCAUUGCCAAUUAUAUAAAACAUGGAAUAACACCUCCAUUCGAGUGA